CGUUGUGUUGUACGUAGCCAAGGCAAUUGUACAAAAGCAGCGGAUCUAAAGCAUCGGCAGGGUUUAAUUGUCUUACUCGUUAGUACAUCACGAAAGUUUUGCUGUUUUGAGACGUCAGUUGCGUUAAUCGAGGUAGGUAAGAGGUACAGCCCGGAGGAGACUUAAGUUAUUAGCUACUAAUAACCACCAAGAAAACAGAGGCGGAAAUAAUGGCAGACGGAUACCAGAGCCAGGAGAACGCGAGCGAGGGCGCGGUGAACAACAGCUCCCCGAACUCCAAUUCCGUUGGGGACAACAACGCAGCCGCUGGUGGAAAUGACAACGCUGGUGCGGGUAACGAUGCCAAAGGACAGGCGACCGCCGGCAUCCCGGGCAAGGACGACGAGAGAAAGCUCUUUGUCGGAGGUCUGACGCGCAACACCACCGAGGCCGAGCUCAAGGAGUACUUCAGCAAGUUUGGAGACAUCGAGAGUGUCUCCAUCAAGAUGGAUCCUUACACUAGAGUCUCCAGGGGAUUCGCCUUCAUGGUCUUCCAGAAUCCCAAGGCCAUUGACAAGCUUCUUGCUGCUGGUGACCAUUACAUCAACAAACGCAAGGUUGAUCCUAAGCGAGUGAGCAAAAAAGCCCAGCACGGCAAAAUCUUCGUUGGAGGUUUGACACCGGAAAUAUCGGAUGAGGACAUAAGAAAUUAUUUCAGCCAGUAUGGCACAAUCGUCGAGGUGCAGGCACCAUUCGACAAGACGAAAAAUCAACGCAGAAGUUAUUGCUUCGUGACGUUCGACUCGAAAGAUGUUGUAUACAAAUUACUCAAAACGCCCAAGCAAAUGAUCAAGGGCAAGGAAAUCGAUGUGAAGAAAGUCAAGGUCAAUCAAGAUCAGCGCCAAGGCUUCUGGGGACCCCAGUACGGCGGCUACGGUUACGGUGGCGGAUAUGGUGGUUAUAUACCUGAUUACGGUAAUGGAUAUGGUGGAUACGAUGACAUGUACGCCAAUUACGACUAUACGGGAUAUGAUGGUUAUGAGAACAUGGGCUACGCACUGCCCGGAAAACCAAGAAACGGACCUCAGGGACCACGUCCAUUUCAAAGACAUCAGCCAUAUUAAAUUCAAGAAAUAUCGCUAGCAUCGACAGAGUCGAUCUGCUUCGAUGACAGAAAAAGAAAUGAACAAACACACACACAACACACAGAGAAGCCAGAAAAUUGCUACGUCAAGGGGAAAGGGAGUUCAUGCAAGGAGGACUUUGCCUCUGAAUUGAAGAAGUCACUACACCUUCUUUCAUUCCCCUCGAGGCAAAAUAUUUUACAGAUACCAUAUACUUUAUAUCAUCCAUUUCCACCGUCACUACCACCACAUCACAAUUACGUCCUAUCCCCGGUAUCAAUUAAUUUUUGUACAUUACGGCACGUAGGUAGCAGAUGAAUUAUGCGAAACCUAUUGUCCCAGAAACGGCUGAAUUCGUUCACAUGAUUUCUGGUUUUUUUUUCUUCGAACAGAAAAUGUAUAUUGAUUAUAAUAUAAGGAUCGCGAAUGUGACUAGAUUUUGUUUUAAGGAUCGGCAGUAACAUCUUGUACCAUCAGUUGAAUACUCUGAACUUGAGCGGUGUUUUGUUUUUAGAAACUUGGAAGCUUAGAGUGUUUUUCUUUCUGUUUGUCACUAGUAGAAUAUAUUAUUAUUACCAUACUACAUUUGCAAAGACAAAAUAAUUAAAUUUUACUCGUAAUUUCUUUUAAUCUUUUUCUUUGAUGUUUUAAUACAAUCAUAAUCGCUUAUUAUUAAUACUAGUAAUUUUUUUUUAAUUGAUUAGUGGUUUUCUCUAAUGUACUCAUAAGAACAAAUGUAUGAGACUAUUAUAAU